UCCUCCUCUUUUCUUCUUCUUCCUCCUCCUCCUCCUCCUCCCGACCGUCCUCCCGGGCCCGCGGCCGGGAGCUGGGACCCGGACUCCGGCGGCUCGUCCCCGGCGGCUGCUCCCGGUGAAGAGCACCCCCAGGCCUGACCCCACCAUGCCCGAGAGCUCGGGGAGAUGGUAGCGACCCCGGCACCGGGCCCGCGGUCUCCUCGCCCAGUGACCACGGCCCGUGCCCUGCUCCGGGCCCCCGGCCAGGACGUCCCAGCGGAGGCCCCCCAUCAUGGACACGUGACCUCCUGACCAGGAGGCCCCCGCUCCACCCGCUCGCUGGGAGGCGGGGGGGCGAGGGGAGCUGCGACACCGGCAAGAUGACCAGCCUGUUCCGUAGGAGCAGUGGCGGCCGGGGGGGCGCCUCGGCCCAGGAGCUGAACAACAGCCGGCCCCCCCGCCAGGUCCGCCGCCUCGACUUCAACCAGGCCAUGGAGGACUUCAAGACCAUGUUCCCCAGCCUGGACUACGACAUCAUCGAGUGCGUCCUGCGGGCCAAUAACGGCGCCGUGGACGCCACCAUCGACCAGCUGCUGCAGAUGAACUUAGACGGGGGCGGCUCGGACGACACCUCCGACUCAGACGACAGCAUCCCGCCUGAGAUCUUGGAACGGACUCUGGAACCAGACAGCUCUGAUGAAGAGCCACCCCCGGUGUACUCCCCCCCGGCCUACGACAUGCACGUCUUUGACCGAUCGUAUCCCCUGGCCCCUCCUACCCCCCCUCCCAGGCUCGACGUCCCCGGUUCUGGGGGUCCCCGAACCGAGCAGCACUACCGCAACUGGAACCCUCCCCUCCUUGGGAACCUGCCUGACGACUUCCUCCGCAUCCUGCCUCAGCAGCUGGACGGUGUGAAGAGCACCCAGCCGGGGCCGGGGGAGGCUGACCAGCCGCGCCAACCCCCGGGGCCGCUGGACCAGGAGCACAAGUGGAAGCAGUACCUGGAGGAUGAGCGGAUCGCCCUGUGCCUGCAGAAUGAGGAGUUCAUGAGGGAGCUGCAGAGGAAUCGCGACUUUCUCCUCGCCCUAGAGAGAGAUCGGUUGAAAUACGAGUUUCAAAAAUCCAAAUCCAACAGCGCAGCCGUCAGUAACAACUUCACCUUGUCAUCUCCUCUCCCAGGGGAUGGCGCCUCAGGCAGUGGUGAGGUUGGCAGCGCUGUGUCUGAGGAUGCCUUAUUCCGGGACAAGUUGAAACACAUGGGAAAAUCCACCCGGAGGAAGCUCUUUGAACUGGCCAGGGCCUUCUCAGAGAAGACCAAGAUGAGGAAGACCAAGAGAAAACACUUACUGAAGCACCAAACGCUGGGGACAGGAGCAUCCACUGCCAAUCUGCUGGACGACGUGGAAGGCCAUAUGUGGGAUGAAGAUUUCCAGAGAAAAAAGCAGGAGGCUGCCAAAGAGGAGGAAGCUCCCAGGGAAGGACAGUAAGAGAGACCAGCUCCUCGGCACUGAAGGUGACCGGGCCGGGGGCGGAAGCAGAGGCCAACUCCGACGGCCGGCCCGACCCUUGGCCAUCCUGCAGUGCGAUGGAAUGUGCUUGUGGCGUGAGGUUUCCUCCACCAGGAUUGGAAACCCACCUUCCUCUUCCUCCCGGAUCCCGGCCGCCCCAGGCGGGCUUGGGCCUUUGGAGUUGCCGCCCCGGGAUUGGAAGAAAGAUGCUCAAGUCACCAAGGAAAAACAGCCCCUCAUAGCCUUCGUAACAGCCAAGCUGUUCCGGGGCGAGUGGAAGCGGGAAACACUUUUAUAAAAAUGGCUUCUGGGGACAGCCCAACCUCCCCGCCCUUCCUGUCAGAGACACAAUUAUGGAGACCGGAGUCUGGCCCGGGGCCCUGCUGCCAGACCCUGUCACCCAAAAUGAAGAGGAGGCAUGAGGAGGCUGCUGAAGCCCACUCCAGCAGCAUAGUUUCCACCUCAUUCUCUCCGGGCGAUCCACUCACGUCAAACUGCCAGAGGCCCUGCCUACCUCCCACCAACCUGCCAGGCCUUUCAGCGAGGCUGGAGAAAUUGUCCCACCUUGCCAUAUUCCCCAGUCCAAAAUAGCUCUGUAGGGCCCCGACCGGCUCCCUCUCCCCUCCUGCCUCACUCUUCCCUCUCUGCCAGAUGAGAAGGUGCAGUGCGAGCUGGCAGGGAGAGGUGUGGGACCCAGGGGUAGCGGAGCUCUGAGAUGGCCCCAAAGCUACCCCAUCCCCAUCUGGAGCCCGUUGCCCAGAGCCCAGAGAGGUGAUGGUUCUGGAAGAUCCAGUGGCUGUUGAGAGGCGCGGGCUUGACCGGGAGAUGUGAGGCCCCCUCUUUGGUCCGGUACCCCAGAGUAAAUGGGCCGAUGAGGCCCUCCAGGAAGGCUCCGAGGGAGUGGUACCUUCCCCAAGGGAGUUAAUGAGACCCCGUUCUCCAUGUGCUGCUGAUCGCUUCUCUCCCGGAUGGAGGUUUCCCAAGGCUGGGAGACUCCCGGGACUGGAGGGACAGAGGUGGCUGGGCCGGAGCUUCCCACCCUGGCACAGUCCAGCCUAGCAACUCGGGGCCGCCCCACAAGCAGCUGGCUUCCGGAGAAGGGGCUCCGGGCAGUGGGCCAUUUCUGCAGCUGAAUGGGGUUGUCCGGCAGGCUUCCCGGGGUGGACUGGAAGGGGCUAGGGAGCUGGCAGAGACCCCGGAGAGCGGGGUCUGCCCAGGCCACGGGCCUGGUGGUGGCCCUUGCCCAAGAGUAUUGGGAAGCCCCAGGACACUGACUGGGAAGCUAGGUCAAGUGAACCGUGGGCAUUGCUUCCCCAGAAAGGUGGGUGGGUCCACCCGGGACUCUGGUGCCGCUGCUGGAGGAGGGGGACGAGCGGCGUCCCCAAAAACCUUCCCCCACCAAGGGGCAUCUGCCGACCCCGCUCCCGACGGCCAGUCUGCCGGCUCGCCCGGGGCCUGGCUCUCCCCACUAAGUCUGGCCACGCUGGGCCAGGCCAGGCCUCCUGAGGGCAGCUGAGCAGGGGGACCUUCCAGAUAGAAAUCGGGUCCUCGGGCAACAGCCGAGACCAGAAAGAAGGCACCUCUCUGUCCCUCCCAGGCGUUCCUCGGGGUUGGCUCGUCCCACGGAUAACCCAGAAAACGAGGUCACCGUGAGCCUCAUCGCUGCCCUCCCUCACCCUCCCAACUGUGCCGGUCUCCCCGCUCCUGGGGGUUGGAGCUUCACUGAUCCCUUCUGCCCGCCCAGGAAGUACCGGGUCCCAGGCUGGGCAUGGAGCGCCACUGUUUUGAGGAGGAGAGGGUGGCGAGAAGGGGGUGGGCCCCUGCCCCCAGGCCAGACCCGGAGCUCCAUUCUUUCGAGGCAGAAUGAGGAGAGGGGGACAGGCCCCUGGGCCAGCGAAAGAUGCCGAGCUGGCGCUGACAGCAGGCCAGUGGCUUGAGCUGGAAUCCAUUCUGGUCUGCAGGCUGGCGGGCCCCACGCCCAGGAAUUUGCCUGUAGCUACCGCAGGGAGAGGAGCCGGUUGUGAAAUGUAACCAAGUUUGGAAGUGUGUGCGGAGGUUGCUAGGGGUGAAGCUGGCCCUGGGCCACGGGAAACAGAAGGCGGGCUGGCUGGCUGGCUGGCUGGCUGAAGGCGGGCGGGCG